AUGAGAUAUCCAGGCAAGAGCACCGGACAGGGGCGGACCGACGGAACCAGUUAUGGGAUUUCCGGGGGGUUUGUGCGGGGGAGAGGGGGAUGGGGUGUAGGCUGGGAGGAUUCCGUCGCGUUGUGGCCCGAAAUGCGGGGGUUCCCUCAGACACGGGGUGACCUGGCAUUGCAUGGUACAAUAGCCUGUAGCAGUAUGGGGGCUGGGGCCUUGGUCCAUCAUAUCGACGCAAACGCAGCCAGGGGUAAGUACGGCAAUGUGAUAACGGCACGUGCGGAGAUGCGCUGGCGGGAGAGUAAAGGGAAAGUUGGGUGCGAAAUCAGCAGAUGGAUCAAGGGAAGAGACGCGCAAGUCGGGUUGUGGGUCAUCCCGGAACAGCCCAUCUUCUCGGCGAAGUUGUUGGAUUAG